AUGGUAUGGCUUGGAAAUGGACGAAACUCAUCGCGUGAUAAUAGACGAUGGAUUGGAGUUUAUCAAAAAAGCAGUGAAAAACGGAGAGCGCUACGAUGUGGUGCUCCUGGACGCGUGUACACUCCAAGAAAAUGUGAAGUUCAGAUGUCCUGUAGAGAUCUUUACGACUGCAACAGCACGAGAUUUCCCUGGCCAAAGUGGUUGAGCCAAAAGCUGAUAUCUGACUUCAAGCAAGUUUUCCAUACUUGUGCUCUGAGACCGACUCCUCGAACCAAUUUGAUUCUGACCUGCUCACACCGUCAACGACCGGAAGGCUUGGAGACCAGUUUCAGAGAAUUCUCAAGAAAUCUGAUGGGUCAAUGA